AUGAUGCGUUGUAGUUUUGUUGCAAGAGCCUUAGAACAAUAUAAUAAACAAUACAAGUUUUUUCUGAUAAGCACACGCAGUGUGAGCGCAGCUACUCAGACCAAUGGCACCACACAAGCAGGAAAGUCGGUUCCGACACUUGCCGAUUCCAUCCCGGAUUCGGGCGCUGAAAAUAAGCAACGGGCGCUUCACGUAGCCGUUAUUGGUGUACCAAAUGUGGGAAAGAGCACGUUCAUCAAUAAUAUUAUCAACCAUAGGGUUUGUCCAACAUCUGCAAAAGUGCACACUACCCGUCAAUCGAACACUGCCAUAUUGACUACAGGACAAACGCAAUUAGUGUUUUACGACACGCCCGGUCUAGUAACACAGCGAGAAAUACGUAAACACCACCUCGAGCAGAGUUUUAAAAGCGCGUACAGACAUGCCAUACAGCAUGCCGACAUCAUAGCUGUAGUGCAUGAUGCGUCAAAUAGUUGGACGCGUAAGGAGCUUCAUCCCACUGUUAUCGAUACAUUGAAAGCCUAUGCCUACCGGCCAAGUCUUCUGAUUCUCAACAAAAUUGAUACUCUGAAGUCGAAGCGUGUGCUGUUGGAUCUAAUCAAGACCCUAACGAACGACACAUUGGCCGGGGUACAACGUGGAAAAAGUGGAUCUUGCGUACCGAAAUCUGACAGCGAUGAACUUGAGAAAGGCACGCCACUUAGCAAACGCGAAACCAGUUGGAGUCACUUUGACAAUGUGUUUUUAGUGUCUGCACUCACAGGAAAUGGUUUGCACGAUCUACAGGACUACUUGAUCGAUAAUGCCAAGGCCAGAAAUUGGCGCUUUGAGGGUGGUAUCCAUACUACAAACUGCCCACAGGAUCUUAUUGUUGAGAGCGUAAUGGCGCGUUUACUGGACUAUUUGCCUCAGGAAAUACCGUACAAAUUGAAGUGUCAGUUAGAGUAUUAUGGGGAGGAGAAAAGUGUAAUCUAUACAUCCGUGCAGGUGCAAUGCCCCACUGCGCGAAUUGAGCGUCUAAUCUGCGGAGAGGCUAAUGGCAGGCUACGACAAAUUACCGAGCGUGUUACCUCAGACUUGGUAGAAAUGUUUGGUCAAGCAGUUUCGCUAACAAUUUCAACCGUUUCUGGUGGUAAAAAGGAUUUGUCAGAUUGAUAAGUUGAUGUUACAAGUGUCGAUAUAAAUUGUUUAGUCUCAAUAUAAAACCAUCUUUACUUUCAA